UCACUAGGCCAUGGUACUGCUGCUGAUCUCAUUAAUGUAGAACUAGUUGUUGUAGAUUUGGAUGUGAUGGCUGUAGUUGUUGUGAGUCUCGUAAUAGUAGAUGUAGUACUUGGUAAUGUAAGAGCUGUAGCUGUUGUGGGUCUCGCAGCAGUAGACGGAGAAGUAGGAGCUGUAGUUGUUGUGAGUCUCGUAAUAGUAGAUGGUAAUGUAGGAGCUUUAGUUGUUGUGGGUCUCGUAGCAGUAGAUGGAAAUGUAGGAGCUGUAGUUGUGAGUCUCCUAGUAGUAUCUGGUAAUGUAGGAGCUGUAGCUGUUGUGGGCCUCACAGCAGUAGACGGAGAAGUAGGAGCUGUAGUUGUUGUGAGUCUCGUAAUAGUAGAUGGUAAUGUAGGAGCUUUAGUUGUUGUGGAUCUCGUAGCAGUAGAUGGAAAUGAGCUGCAGCUGUGGGUCUCGUAG